GAGAGCUCAAGAACCACCACGAGCCAAAAACUGGAGCCCAGGGAAAGCAACAGCCAAACCAAACAUGGUGGCGAUGCUCGCGCGCGCCGGCGUCACAGCCACCGCCGGGAAAGGCCUCUCGCGCCCCACGGGCCGCCGCCAGCGCAAUGGCAUCGUCGUCGCGGCGGUCACUAGAACGGGGACUGGUGUGCCACAGGAGGGGGCGCUGGAGCGGCCGGCGUGGUCCGGGGAGACCCCUCUGUCGCGGCUGGUCGGCGCUCUCAUCGCGUUCAAGCCGCUCUACUCGCUAUUGAAGCUCGCCUCCCGCGAGGUCAUCAUCAGGACGGCGGAGAAGUCGAACAUCCCGUGGAGGGAGAUGACGAAGGAGGUGCUGGAGUCGGACGUGUACGAGGUGUUCGAGAGAAUCCAAGACCCAAACCUCGUGUACCCUGACUAUUAUCUCAACCCGUUUCAUGCCUACGACGAAGGGAAUCUAUCAUGGCUGGCUGCAGCAGAGGCUGAACCGGCAACAAUGUCAAUCGCAAAGAGGGCCAUACCUGAUGCUACAUCGAUCGAAGAGGCGAACCAAAUCGUCCGCGGGAACUGGCUGAAUGUAAUUGAGGAGCAUCAUGUCAAGUACUCGGGGAACUGUCAAGUAAAUGACAUCUUGGACAUUGGCUGCUCUGUUGGAGUAAGCACCAGAUACCUCGCCGAGAAGUUCCCUUCAGCUCAAGCUGUUGGGCUCGACCUAUCACCAUACUUUCUUGCUGUGGCAGCACAAAAGGAAGAAAAAUUGUUACGGCCAAACCCUAUUCGUUGGGUUCAUGCGAAUGGUGAAGCGACUGGGCUGCCCUCUGAUUCAUUUGACCUUGUCUCCCUUGCUUAUGUGUGCCAUGAGUGCCCAGCACGAGCAAUAACCGGAUUGGUGAAGGAAGCAUUCAGGGUCCUUCGCCCAGGAGGAACAAUCGCCUUAACAGACAAUUCGCCAAAAUCCAAAGUACUUCAGGAACUAUCCCCAGUUUUGUUCACUCUGAUGAAGAGUACCGAGCCUUUCCUUGACGAGUACUACAUGUUGGAUUUGGAGGAGACAAUGAGAAAAGUCGGCUUUGUUAACGUUUGCUCCAUCCUGACAGACCCCAGGCACAGAACAGUCACUGCAACCGUGCCUUACUAAUUGGGUCAGACCUUCAAAUCCCAAACCCGGCCGGUACACAACAAUUGACUAUUUAAAAUUUUGUAUGCUUACUGAGAUGGUUGCAUUUGUAUAAAGUUGAAUAUAUUCUGCAUGUCUGUUCACGCAGUGAACAACCAACCAAAGUACACCAACUUAUGAAGUCCAACACUGCGACUGAUAUGAUCAGAUAAUCGGUGCAUUUGUUCAUAUCCUCAUA